CUUUUGUGCCGGUAUCACAAAUCUUCAUCACAAUCUUGUUUUUAGUUUAAAUUUAUCACUUUCGUAGGAUUUCUCAACAAUAACCGUGUGUUUUGCGUGUGAAUAAAAUGCGUGAAAAUACUCCACCCCAAUCGCCGUACGGUUUAGAGCCGGAAGACGAAGAUGACGAGGAGCUAAUCUACGUUGGCGACGCCGAUGAAGUGUUGGACCAGUGGGAGAAUGAAGCUUAUGAUGGAGAUUCGGACGAGGCCAACGAGGAAGAGCUCGAUGAAGCACGCGGAUCAAGAAGCAGCCGACAACCAGUGCGGGAUGAUGCGAAACUAACAUUCAAGAAGCAUACGUCGCCCCUUUUUUGCGGAGCACUACAUCCCACAGAAGAUUUAGCCGUCACGGGUGGAGAAGAUGACAAAGCUUACGUGUGGGACACGAAAACCGGUGAAGUGAAAUUUGAAGUGACCAAUCAUUCGGAUUCGGUAAUCGGAGUAGGAUUUAGCUACGACGGAACGUUCGUUGCCACCGGUGACAUUUCGGGCUACAUUCAGGUUUUUAAAGUAAGCCAAAACUACCGCAAAGUGUGGGAGUUCACCGUUGGCGACAUGUGCGGACUUCGAUGGCACGGGGCAGCACACGUACUGCUGGCCGGGACGGAGUCUGGCGAGGUGUACGUCUGGCGGAUACCGUCCGGCGACUGCAAGGUGCUGCAAGGCCACGGUACCAAGUGUGAAACGAUCGAGCUGACGCACGAUGGUAAAAAACUUGCAGCAGGAUACGGCGAUGGACAUUUCAAGCUCUGGGACCUGAAAACAAACGCAACGGUGAUGGAAGUACCCCCGAGUGCUGGCCAUUCGGCGAACAUUACCUCGCUGGGGAUCGAUCAGGACAAUCAGCUGUUUGUUACGGGUGGUGAGGACGGAAGCACACUCGUAGUGGGCACGAACGGUGUGCUCGGAACGCUGACGGCUCCGUCGGAGGAAUCCAUCGAGGCGGUGUUGCUGGAUUAUCCUGAUUUCGAGUUGAAAAUCGCUGCCACCGGAACGCUGGCGGGUAAGGUGACCAUCUGGGACAUCGCACGACAGGCCAAGCGGGUCGAGUGCACCGAUGAAAACCCCACCGGGAUUACGCGAAUGAUGUGGCUCAAAGAUUACAUGGUCUGUGCUGGAACGUUGGGGGGACUGGUGAAGGGAUGGGACGUUCGGAGCGGGGCGAUGCGUUUCACUUUGAGCGGCCACACGGACGAUGUGCAGCACAUUGCCUACAAUAAGGAGAAAAACAUCAUUCUCUCCGUGUCGGAAGAUACUACGGCCAAAAUAUUCGAGGUACCAUCCGCGGUAUGAUGUAAGAGGUUUUUGUUUGUUUAGGGUACAUAAUAAUGUAUAACAAGCAUGUUUGUUUAAUUUUGAAACACUGUUGAACAACAAA